GUGCUUAUUAUCGACUAAUAUGAAUUAAACUACACGUCCCGACGUCACGCUACGGGCUCUUAUAAUUGUUGUGAAUAUGUAAUUGCGCUCGUACGACUGGUUGCUUCUAAAUUUGGCUUCGCAGUGGCAGGCUGCUACAGUCGGUGAGGUGCUCGGUCCGCCGGUGCCGUGUGAGGAUGUGAACAUUAACGGAGGCUGGAGGAAAUUAACCGAUAAAUGCGUGACGACGGGACACCGCGGAGAAGCUGAGUCGCAGACAAGCAAGGUCAUGAGGUGUCAAAAGUCGAUGCUUUGUAGGGAAAAUCAGAGAAAAUAGAGGAGACGCUGUUAGUUUCAGGAGAAGAUUAAGCUUUGUGCGCGUAGAAUAACGCGCUGGAGAUUUUUUGGAUAAGACUGAGACAACUCCUGCUUUUGUUACCACACUGAAUGGACUUUUGAGAUAGUGUCUAAAAGAAUGACGGCCAGACAGAGGUCCGAGGAUGUUGCCACUCUCCACGGAACCUGCACAUAACCCGCAAAACCACCACUGACUGACCUUUUUACGCACGGGGAAAGAUCCGUGCUCACACAUUUGGUUUUCGUGUUUAUGUGGAUGAACUUUGCAAUUCAUUUUUAAUGAUUCGAGAUCUGAGCAAGAUGUACCCCCCGGCACGGCAUCCGCCGGGGCAGCCGUUAAAGUUCACUGUCACCGAGUCCUGCGACCGGAUCAAGGAGGAGUUCCACUUCCUGCAAGCCCAGUACCACAGUCUGAAAUUGGAGUGUGAGAAACUGGCCAGUGAGAAAACUGAGAUGCAAAGACACUAUGUCAUGUACUAUGAGAUGUCGUACGGACUGAACAUCGAGAUGCACAAGCAGGCGGAGAUCGUCAAACGGCUGAACGCAAUCUGCGCCCAAGUCAUCCCCUUCCUCUCUCAAGAGCAUCAGCAGCAGGUGGUGCAGGCAGUGGAGCGGGCCAAGCAGGUCACCAUGGCUGAACUCAACGCCAUCAUAGGACAGCAGCAGCUCCAGGCUCAGCACCUCUCCCAUGGCCACGCCAUCCCCGUCCCGCUCACGCCACACCCAGCGGGCCUCCAGCCCCCGCUGCCUCCCGGGGCCGGUACUGCCAGCCUGCUGGCUCUGUCGUCUGCUCUGAGCCACCAGCUGCCGCUCAAAGACGAGAGGAAACACCACGACAACAACAGCGAACACCCGAGAGACAGAGACUCAGUCAAGAGCUCGUCUGUGUCUCCCUCUGCCAGUUUCCGGACCCGAGAGAAGCACAGGAGUUCAAGCGAUUAUUCCUCCGACAGCAAGAAACAGAAGACAGAUGAUAAGGAGCUGGCCUCUACACGCUAUGAAAGUGAUGGAGAGAAGAGUGACGACAACUUGGUCGUGGACGUCUCCAAUGAGGAUCCCGCGUCUCCUAGAGGAAGUCCUGCCCACUCGCCUCGGGAGAAUGGAUUGGACAAGAGCCGUCUAUUGAAGAAGGAUGCUCCGCUGAGUCCGUCCUCCAUCGCCUCCUCCAGCAGCACACCUUCAUCCAAAUCCAAAGAGAUUAAUUUGAAUGAGAAGUCCACAACGCCUGUGUCCAAGUCCAGCACCCCCACAUCCCGCUCUGAUGCCCCGACACCCAGCAGCACCACCACCCCGAGCCUGAGGUCUGCACCUGGGAAACCACCAGGAGUUGAGACGCUGGCUCCUGGUCUCCGCACACCGUUGGCAGUGCCCUGUUCGUACCCCAGUCCAUUUGGGAUGGUCCCCCACCCGGGUAUGAACGGAGAGCUGAGCGGAGCCGGAGCAGCCUACACCGGCCUGCACAACAUUUCUCCACAGAUGAGUGCGGUGGCUGCUGCUGCAGUGGCAGCAUACGGACGCACACAAGUGGUUGGAUUUGAUCCUCACCAUCACAUACGUGUCCCUGGCCUUCCUCCCAACCUGUCUGGCAUUCCGGGUGGAAAACCAGCCUACUCCUUUCAUGUGAGCGCUGAUGGACAAAUGCAGCCUGUGCCUUUCCCCCCGGACGCGCUGAUCGGCCCCGGCAUCCCGCGCCAUGCACGACAGAUCAAUACUCUCAGCCACGGGGAGGUGGUGUGUGCUGUCACCAUCAGUAACCCGACGCGUCACGUCUACACCGGCGGCAAGGGCUGCGUCAAGGUGUGGGACAUCAGUCACCCGGGAAACAAGACCCCGGUGUCCCAGCUGGACUGCCUUAACAGAGAUAACUACAUCCGCUCCUGUCGGCUACUUCCGGACGGGCGUACUCUCAUCGUCGGGGGCGAGGCGAGUACUUUGUCAAUCUGGGAUUUGGCUACACCGACUCCACGAAUCAAGGCUGAACUAACUUCAUCAGCACCUGCGUGUUACGCUCUGGCCAUCAGCCCCGACUCCAAGGUCUGCUUCUCCUGCUGCUCUGACGGAAACAUAGCUGUGUGGGAUCUUCACAACCAGACUCUGGUUAGGCAGUUCCAGGGUCACACAGACGGAGCCAGCUGUAUAGACAUCUCUAACGAUGGGACCAAGCUGUGGACUGGAGGUCUGGACAACACCGUGCGGUCCUGGGACCUGAGAGAGGGCCGACAGCUUCAGCAGCACGACUUCACCUCCCAGAUCUUUUCACUUGGAUACUGUCCGACGGGCGAGUGGCUGGCAGUGGGGAUGGAGAACAAUAAUGUGGAGGUCCUUCAUGUCACCAAACCUGACAAGUACCAGCUCCACCUGCAUGAAAGCUGCGUGCUCUCACUCAGAUUUGCUCACUGUGGGAAAUGGUUUGUGAGCACAGGAAAAGACAAUCUGCUCAACGCAUGGAGAACCCCGUAUGGAGCCAGCAUAUUCCAGUCAAAGGAGUCGUCCUCAGUGCUGAGCUGUGACAUCUCCAUAGAUGAUAAGUACAUAGUGACGGGCUCAGGAGAUAAGAAAGCGACUGUCUACGAGGUCAACUACUAGGAGGGCGAGACCAUCCUUCCAUCUAGGCACUUUGCCGUGUCUCCAUGUACAAUUUUUAAUGUGUAUAAAAUGGAUUUGAAUGGAACUAAUCGAACAGACUGAGUCUUUCCUGGACAGAGACCUUUUGACCUUUUAGAUGGCCGUGGAUCAAAACAAACAAGCAGAACCAAGCACAGAGAUUUUUUUUUUUUUGAGUGUCUUUUUGUUGUGAGGAUGAAUGUCUGAAUGCACUGAUCUGGAGAGGAUGCUGUUGUUAUAGUGUUGGAUGGAUAACAUUCCUUUACACUUUUAGGCUUCAUUGUUUACCAACACAUCUGCACGAAAAGAAUAUACUUGCCUUUGUACUUUGUACGUGAAGGCCCA